AUGCGUUUCCUGAUCGACCAGAAACUUCUGACCUCCCAUCCGGACACGAUGCUUGGUCGAAUGUUUGCGAUGCGUGAUUCGAGAGGUCCCGGUUCCGAUAUGGUUACUCCGAAUGAGAGAAAUGAAUUUGUGGUGGCUGACGGUACAACCGCUGCGUGUUUCCGAGUUGCUUUGGAAUACUAUACCCAUGGCCAAAUGCGCUGUCCACCGAACAUCUCAGUGGCGGAGCUGCGUGACGCGUGCGACUACCUUCUCAUACCUUUCAAUGCUAGCACAGUGAAAUGCCAAAACUGCAAUGCACUUUUUUGCAUGAGCUUAAUCGAACGAAAAGGAGCCCGAGAACAGUUUUUUUCGAACUUCCUGGAGGAGAUUAUACUUCCUCAACUAGUUGCGAGUACUGAACAUGGCGAACGAGAAUGUCAUAUAGUGGUGUUACUCGAUGAAGAUGUAGUGGAUUGGGAUGAUGAGUAUCCGCCACAAAUGGGCGAAGAGACCACCCAUGUUGUGUACAGUUCGCAUUUGUACAAAUUUUUCAAGUAUGCUGAGAAUCGGGACUGUGCGAAACAGGUAUUGAAAUCAAGAGGUUUGAAGAAGAUUCGGCUAGGAAUGGAGGGCUAUCCAACGCAUAAAGAGAAAGUGAAAAAGCGAUUUAAUAAAGCAGAAGGUUAG